UUUAGCAACUGUCAAUCCCAGAGGAUCUUCCCUUCAACACGGGCCAGCUUGCCACAUCCAGCAAGAAUGGAGGAAAGGUCUCUGCACAGGAAACCACUGGGCUGUCCAGCAUCUCGAUAAGACUCUUGCAGGCACCAAACUUCCCUCUAGUUCCAGGAGGCACUUCUUCUAGAGGCAGAGAGGUAUCCUUCAGCAACUGUCAAUCCAGAGGCUCUUCCCUUCAACACAGGCCAGCUUGCCACAUCCAUCAGGAAGAAUGGAGGAAAGGGGCACCAGGGCAGAGAUGGAGAGCCUGGAUCCAACCAUCACAACAGUCUGGAGGACGGAAGCCACGCCAACCAAUGGAAGUUACCAGCAUUACCAACACCUUCCUCCAAUUUGCAACAGGAAUAACCUUAUUCCAACAGUGUUGGCCCUCAUCAUUUCCCUGGUCGGACUGGCAGGAAACGCAGCUGUGCUCUGGCUCCUGGGCUUCCGCAUGCGCAGGAACGCCUUCUCUGUCUACAUCCUAAACCUGGCUGCCUCCGACUUCCUGUUUCUCUGCUUCCAAAUCACUGAUUUCCUGGUGGACAUCAUCAAAAUGUUCCUUCCCUUCUCUGUCCCUACAUAUGGCAUCUUUCGAACUGGGGGAAUCAUUUCCUACAUCGCAGGCCUGAGCAUACUCAGUGCUAUUAGCACCGAGCGCUGCCUGUCAGUCCUGUGGCCCGUCUGGUACAGGUGUCGCCGCCCUAGACACAUGUCAGCUGUCAUGUGUGCCCUACUCUGGACCCUGUCCAUGUUUUGGGGCAUCCUGGACAUGGUCUAUUGUUCUACUCUGAUUAUCGAUAGUGAAGUUGAUUGGUGUAUAAAAGUUGAUUUAAUCAUAACUGCAUGGCUGAUUUUUUUAUUUGUGACUUUCUCAGGGUCCAGCCUGGCCCUGCUAGGGAGAAUCCUGUGUGGCCUCCGGCAUAAAACACUGACCAGGCUGUAUGUGACCAUCCUGCUGACAGUGCUAGUUUUUCUCCUCUGUGACCUGCCUUUUGGCAUCUAUUUGUUUCUGUCAGACUGGAUUUCAAUUGAUUUUGAUGCAUUCACUUGUCUUUAUAUGGUUUCAGUUGUCUUUUCUUGUGUUAACAGUUGUGCCAACCCCAUCAUUUACUUCUUCGUUGGCUCCUUUAGGCAGCAGUUGCAGUCACGGAACCUCAAGCUGGUGCUUGAGCAGGCUCUGCAGGACACUCCUGAAGAGGAGGAGUGUGGAGGCAGCCUUCCUCAGACAACCCUGGAGAUGUCAGGCAGCAGAGUGGAGCAGGGGUGAAGAGCCUCUGCUCUGGUCCAUCAGUAUGUGUUUUGGAGAAUCAAAAUGCCCCACCACACUUGAUAGCCCUCUGCUCUUCUCUCAACCUGGUGCCCCUGAUUCCUCAUGGUCUACAAAUGGAUUUAUUUUAAACUGGAUUUCUUGCUUUUCUUAGAGAAACCAGUAUGAAAUAAGAACAUUUCCAUUCUUACUGAUAUUUUCAA